AUGUCGUUAGUUCGAUCUGGUAGAGAGAACUAUCCGAGGAAACUACAUACGCUUUCCUCAACACCCAAGCAAUCAUUUUCAAGAGAGAAAGAUCAUACAAUAACCAUGAGACAAACAAAAUUGAAAGUUAUUCCGGAAAUAGCCGAACUUAGAAACAUAAGGAAAGCAUAUACCAAAUUCACUGAAAUUUUCUCAGAGUUUAUUGUCCAAAAUCCGCCUCAAAUCACAACUAACGAAUUAUCGGCAGCGUUCUCAGAUUUCAAGGUUAACUUCGAAACAUUUCUUACAAAUUGUUCACUGUUCUUCAAAACAGCUGAAUCAACACGCCGUGUUGGUAGAUUUUCUCCUCUAAUUGAGUUUUCGCAAAAAAUGUUAAAUUAUUGGACAACUAUAGUUUCGAAAAUGAAUGAAUUCGCAGAUGUUAAGAUGUUACCACAUGUUGCUAAAUUCAAAGCUGAUUUCUCUUGUUUAAAUACCAAUGUCCAGCAAAUAUCUGACUCAAUUGUUACAAAAACAUAUUACAAAGAGAGCGUUGCAUCUCAAGCGAAAGUUGUGAAAUUCAAUAUCAAUCAAUUAAGUACAGCCGUUAAUAAGGUUAUGAAAAAUGAGCCAGAAAAAGGAUUUCCUCCACAAGCUCUUGCUGAACUCAAAUACAGAACUAAUCAACUUUGCAAGCUUAUUAAUGAUAAAUACAUAAUUUUGCUUCCUUCCAAUGUUACUUCAACUCCAGAACUUAUUCGCUUAAGAAGUUUGCUUCAGUCUGCAGGUGGUGACAUACUUGCAUUACUUGACUCAGCCUACAACUUCAGAGCUCUUGUUUCCCAUUCAUUAAACAGAAUGAAACGUCUUGAUAACGAAAUCAGACAAAUGUUAGAUGCAACAGGUAUUAAAUACACAAUUAAUAUUGUUCCUAAUGGUGAUGACACUCCAAGUGAAGCUGAAGAGGAAGAAGAAGCUGCACCAAUUCAUGAAAAUGAUCUUCAUAACACAGAAGAGAUGUUUUCUAUACAAAUACCAGAAACAAAGAUUCCAGAAAUAUCACCAAGAAUGGUUCCUCGCUCAACGUUACAUUCUUCUAAAUCAAUGCGUGGAGGAACAGUAAAAUUUGCUUCCCAAACACAAAAUAUCGCAACAGCUCGUUCUGUAAUGACACCAAGGAAGCCAUUAAUAUCAGUUCCUAAUGAAAAACUCUUAGCAUUUUUGACAGAGAUGGAAUCAACAUUAGGGAUUUCAGUUGAUGAAAAUUCAACUUAUACCGACAGAUUAACAGCAAUUGAAAAGACCGUUAAAGAGAAACUAGGGAAGCCCGAUAGCCCUAUCGAAAAUAAUAAUACUAACAAUGUAGAAGACCCAAAUAAUAAUGAAAAUAACAAAGAAGAAAAGGAAUAA